UAGGUCAUAAAGAAGAUAUAGAACCCUCUUGAUUUCUCUUUCUGAACACUUUCCCUUGGAACCGGGUCACCAAUUGUGAGAAAGUCCAGACCUCAUGGAGUAGCUAGUUGUAAGGUCUUCUGGAUGAUGGUCUAUUAGCCAUGAACCCACAGCUUCUGGGACCCUGGGAGUGAACAGCCUCUAGAUGACCUCGCCUCCCAGCUGUAGUACCACUCAGGAGAUGCAUCACUCUGGAGUGUGGCAGAGCGAGAGUGUGAAGACAUCCCCAUCUUCACAGUCACCCAUCUCCAAGGUCUCUGGAAGGAUUACAGAGCUCUGAGAUCAGCAAAACAAUAAUCAAAGAGAAGAGCUGUUUGAGGAGUACGACAAUAAAACAGAAUUUCAAAGUGGGAUAUCGGAUCCUUUAGUGUGAAGACACGUCUAUGUUAAACCAGGAAUCACUGGCAGCGACAUCUGGCACGAAAUCUUGGAAGAUUAAGCAACUGUGAGGGCUGAUCAUGGAAAUCAAAGAGGAAGGAACGUCAGAAGAAGGCCAGCACUUUCUUCCCACACCCCAAGCAAAUGCUACUGUGGAUUUUCAGUUCACAAGUAUUCAGAAGACUCCAAAUGAACCACAGUUGGAAUUUAUCCUUGCAUGCAGGGAUCUAGUGGCUCCUGUCCGUGAUCGGAAGCUGAACACACUGGUGCAGAUCUCAGUAAUCCACCCCUCAGAGCAGAGUCUGACAAGAUACUCCAGCACGGAGAUUGUAGAGGGAACAAGAGACCCGCUGUUCCUGACUGGCGUCACAUUCCCAUCUGAAUAUCCCAUCUAUGAGGAGACCAAAAUAAAGCUAACAGUCUAUGAUGUCAAGGAUAAGUCCCACGACACUGCAUUGGCUGCACUUCGCCAUCUUGUUCUGGCCUCUGGACUCAGGACCUGCUCUCACUUCCUUCCAGCUUUACAUGAGGUUCGAACCAGUGUCCUACCUGAGCAUAAGGAUCCCCCAUCAGAGGUUGGGCGAAGCUUCCUGGGCUAUGCCAGCUUCAAAGUGGGGGAGUUACUGAAGCCAAAGGAGCAGUUGCUGACCCUGAGCCUCAGGACUUCAGAUGGUGGCAAAGUUGUUGGCACCAUAGAAGUCAGUGUCGUGAAGAUGGGGGAGAUUGAGGAUGGGGAAGCCGACCACAUCACAACAGAUGUGCAGGGACAAAAGUGUUCCCUAGUAUGUGAAUGCACAGCCCCCGAGAGUGUGAGUGGAAAAGAUAACUUACCUUUUUUGAACUCAGUGUUGAAGAACCCAGUGUGUAAGCUGUAUAGAUUUCCCACGUCCGACAACAAGUGGAUGCGGAUCAGGGAGCAGAUGUCAGAAAGCAUCCUCUCCUUCCAUAUUCCCAAGGAAUUGAUCUCGCUUCACAUAAAAGAAGAUUUGUGUAGAAACCAGGAGCUUAAAGAGCUUGGUGAGCUUUCGCCACACUGGGACAAUCUCCGGAAAAACGUACUAACUCACUGUGAUCAAAUGGUGAACAUGUAUCAAGACAUUCUGACAGAACUGAGCAAGGAAACAGGGUCUUCUUUCAAAUCAAGCAGCAGCAAAGGAGAGAAAACAUUAGAGUUUGUUCCGGUAAAUCUACAUCUGCAAAGAAUGCACGUCCACAGUCCCCACCUGAAAGAUGCUCUCUACGACGUGAUCACAGUGGGAGCCCCCGCCGCCCAUUUUCAGGGAUUUAAGAAUGGUGGUCUUCGGAAACUUCUCCAUAGAUUUGAGAUGGAAAGAAGAAAUACUGGAUAUCAGUUUAUUUACUAUUCACCUGAAAACACAGCCAAAGCAAAAGAAGUUCUCAGCAACAUCAAUCAGCUACAACCUCUGAUAGCAACCCAUGCAGACCUCCUGCUUAAUUCUGCAAGCCAGCACUCUCCAGACAGCUUGAAGAAUUCUUUAAAGAUGCUUUCAGAAAAAACAGAGCUUUUUGUCCACGCCUUCAAGGAUCAGCUGGUCAGAAGCGCUCUUUUAGCACUUUACACUGCCAGACCAGGAGGAGUCCUUAAGAAACCCCCGUCUCCUAAGAGCAACACAGAAGAGAGCAGCCCCCAGGAUGCGCCCCCACCGGUCAGAAGGCAGGACUCCAUACCGCACCACUCGGACUACGACGAGGAAGAGUGGGAUAGGGUGUGGGCCAAUGUGGGGAAGAGCCUGAACUGCAUUAUUGCUAUGGUGGAUAAGUUGAUCGAGAGAGACGGCAAGAGUGAAGACAGUAGCAGCAACAAAGAUGGAGAAAAAGACCCUUCCCAAGUGGACACCAUCAUCACUCAUCCAAAGGGAGACUGGUACGAACAGUUGUGCCCGCUCGUCCUCACCCUGAAAGACUGCAUGGGAGAGGUGGUGAACCGGGCCAGGCAGUCCCUGACGUUCGUGCUCCUCCAGGAGCUGGCCUACAGCCUGCCGCAGUGCCUGAUGCUGACUCUGAGGAGAGAUGUGGUCUUCAGCCAGGCGCUUGCUGGAUUGGUGUGUGGCUUCAUCAUUAAAAUACACACAAGUUUUCAUGACCCGGGUUUCCUGCAGCAGCUGCGCACAGUGGGGCUGAUCGUGCAGUAUGAAGGCCUGCUGAGCACAUACAGUGAUGAAAUCGGGAUGCUGGAGGACAUGGCCGUUGGCAUUUCCGAUUUGAAGAAAGUCACUUUUAAAAUAAUUGAAGCCAAAUCCAAUGAUGUCUUACCCGUGAUAACAGGCAGGCGUGAACAUUACGUGGUAGAAGUCAAGCUUCCAGCGAGGAUGUUUGAGUCGCUGCCUUUGCAGAUUAAGGAAGGACAAUUGCUUCAUGUGCAUCCAGUACUUUUUAAUGUUGGAAUCAACGAACAGCAAACUCUGGCUGAGAGGUUUGGAGAUGUCUCUUUGCAAGAAAGUAUUAAUCAGGAAAAUUUUGAACUUCUGAAAGAAUAUUACACCACAUUUAUGGAAAAGAUGCCUCCUGAUUACAUUUCACAUUUUCAAGAACAAAAUGAUUUGAAAGGAUUGUUAGACAGUCUCCAUCAAAAUAUCCAAGCCAAAAAAAGAAAGAAUGUAGAAAUCAUGUGGCUGGCUGCAACGAUUUGUCGCAAACUCAACGGUAUUCGGUUCACCUGCUGUAAAAGUGCCAAAGACAGGACGUCCAUGUCGGUGACGCUGGAGCAGUGCUCCAUCCUGCGCGACGAGCACCAGCUGCACAAGGACUUCUUCAUCAGGGCCCUGGACUGCAUGCGAAGAGAAGGAUGCCGCAUAGAGAAUGUGCUGAAGAAUAUCAAAUGCAGAAAGUAUGCUUUCAACAUGCUACAGCUGAUGGCUUUCCCCAAGUACUACCGACCUCCAGAGGGGACUUAUGGCAAAGCAGACACCUAACUUACCAGCGUGUAAACUAACGGGAACACAAAUGCGCUCCGGUUGGAUAAUCACCUUUUUUUUUUUAUUAUUGUCAUGAAUUCAUGGAAAGAGGUGUUUGCACAAAUCUAGGUUACUUGAAUCAGUUAUCAGCGUUUUACUCUGAAGGAAAUCCAUUCAGCCAUUUAAGUUGCAUUGCUAGUUCGAAACCUCGAUGUAUGAGUUGAGAGCUCUGCUUGAGAUCAACUCAGCAAAUGUACAUUUUGCUUAUGGAAACUUUUCAGGAAAGACAUUCUGAAAAUAGAAGUUGCUGCACCAGGACCACACGUGGUCCCCAGUGACCUGGGGGUGCCCAGGGAGAAGACUCUGUGAUAUUCUUUCACAGCCUGUCUUACUCAUUACCUUAGAGCCCUUUGGUGGGCUUUAAAAAAUAUUUUUCUAGUGACAUAAAAUUAGGGGGAGUGACUCGUGACCUUAAAUAGAGAAGGUUUCCAGAUGUAUUUGUAACGACUUUUGCCAGCCAGUCGCCUUGUGACUGCACCUCCUCAGCAGGUGGACGGACAGUGCUGGGAAAGCAGUAAAAAUACUUUUCAAAUAUCACUUCAAAACUCCGCGUUGAGUUGUAUGGCUCUGUCACAGAAGUGGCAAUUGAGGUUUACUAGACAAACACUGCCAGGAACCAAAGCCACCAGGACGUUAAAGAUCGACAGCCUGUUGACGUUGAAAAUGACAAUCCUGUCAGCCCAAACUUCAUAUAGUCAGAUUGGUGAAGUCAAUAUCUUUGAGUUGUUUUCUAACAGUCAUCUUGGUGUAGAUAUAGAGUGUAAGUGUGCAGACUCUGACAUAGAUUAGUAUUUGUGAGCAAAUCUUUAAAAGUAUAGGCGGCUAAAACUAAUGAUAAACCAAAAUUAUUAUCUCUGUUAACCUGAAUUUUAUAUUUGUUCUUAUUCAGUGAAGUAACACCAUAAAAUUUUAAAAAAUCCAAAUUAGCAGUUGCUUUGGGGGUCAUUUUGCAUUAAUGCCAUUCUAAAUGGGUAGAUUAAGCCGCAAGGAAGGUAGGCCCUAGUCACUUAGCUAGAUCAUGUUGGAACCAUGAUUACAAUCUCUCCUUUCCUUCCUAGCCUAUGAGGCUUUUAAUACUACCCUGUGGGGCUUUUAAUACUAGAAUUAACAGUCUAGUAGUUGAGCUAUUAACGUGUGACCAUUCUACUUGAGGUAGUUGCCAAAACAUUACAGUCUUUUAAAUGAAAAUAUGCUGCGUGAUGUGGAUCAGCUGAUGCCCAAAGUUACCUUGGUUCCCUUCAUACUUCAUUCUCCAUUUCAGUGACUAAACAUAAUCUUCAGGUUGUUUGAUUUCACUCAAAAGGUAGGAUUUGUGGUCAUUGUCAUGAGACAAUUGGACUUGAGAUAGAGGUAACUAUGUGGCCACAUUUGAUACAUUCAUUAUAUCAAAUGACCAGUACAUCAGUCUGAGUUUCAAGAGACCUGAUUUAUCACCCUGCACACUUACGAACAAUAGUUUCCACGUGUGUUUUGAAAAUGAAACCUUUUGUCUCAAAUAUGGAAAACACAUGUUAACUAGAAGUUGGUAGAGUGGAGUUUCUGUUCCUGAAAGGCAUUUCAGAGAUUAAUACAAUAGAGAAAGAAAAUUCAUUCCUGUUUCGUAUUGAUGAUAGUGUUCCUUCCUUAAAGCUGUUCCUUGGAAUACGACUUCACUAUUUAAAUUAUUAAUGCUUUCUAAAGCCAAAGGCAAAUGUUAAACAAAAGUUUCGAUAUCUCCUUUGUGUGAACACAGCCCAUCAUGCUUGCCCCUACAUAUUUAAAUGAGACACAUCAGCAGGCCUGAUUUAGGAGUCCAUGUUGACCCAGAAAAUGCUAUUUCCAGUGGAUUGUGGUGGAGGACUAGGGGUCACUCAGUGGGGGUCUGGCAAUUUAUACCUGCAGAGGUGUGACCCUUAUCUCUGAAUCAUCUGUGGUGCUAUAAAACCAAUAUGACCUCAAUUUAAAAAAUGGCAUUUCCAAACAAGAUCCUUUUUUUGGUUUUGCUUGAGAACAUGUUUCCACUCUAAUAUCCCCAAAUGUUGUAGAUACCAUUCUGUAUUAGCUAUUUACAGAGUCCUACGGAAAACACACUUAAAAACAAGGGAAAGUGGAAUCUCACUUUCUUUGACCCAGUGACAAAAGAUCUAGGGCCUGGAAAUGGUCCACAAAAUAGUGGAACAGAAACACUUGAGCAGAAAUCUUUUAAAUGUUAGACCCAGACUUGGAGGUACCUAUUCAUUUUUUUCCUCCUGUGAUUGAUUUGGGGUGGUUCUUCUUUUUCUGGUAGAUACAGUUUUGAAUUUUUUGGUCUACUCUUUGCCAAAGCAAUCCUUUGAUGUAGUGUGUUCAGUCCACCAAUCCAGCACAUCAAAGCAACUCUUUGAUCCAGGUAACAGAUUGUGCCAAUAUGACCAACAUCCUAGAGAAGAGCAGCCUGCCACAGGCCUGGCUGCUGACUCAGGACUCUGGAAGCCCCUUACUUUAAAGGAGAAACACCUGAUUCUCUGAACAACCAGGAUGUCCUAGCACCUAGCUCCAAGGUGGAGGUUUCUUCCCUUUGGUUUUCCAACUAGAUGGCAUUUUGCAUAAAAUAAAAUUACAAUGGAAAAGAAAAGGCAUUGUAUAGAGAAUGCUUUUUUAUCUCAAGCCACUCAAAUCCCUCCCUUGUUGAUGGUUGAGCUGUGGAGAGGAGAUGGGCUGUGCUGCACUUUGCUGAGUCACGAGGUCCAUCAUCAUGUUUCCAGGAAUUUGUUGUAAAUGGGUUGUUCCACACAACCACCAUCCAAUAUUAAAUUAUAAACUAUGAAUGAAUAUGUUUUUUAACAGUAUGAAUAAUAAUCAAAACUUACCACUUCCUGAUUAUUUACUACAGUUUUUCAUUCACCAUGGCCUGGAGGCAAUUGCUGGCAGCUGCCUUAGUGCUGUGGAGGCCCGCCUGGGGCGCUGAUACCCCACCUUCAGCAUCUACACUUGGUAACUUGAAGUUGAGCAGGUGGGAGUAUUGAGAAACCACAGAAAUUAACAAAUGCUGCAAACUGGGGCUCUCCUUUCUGGAAGUCUAGUUGGUAAACACUUACCAGCCCACAACUAGGUGGCACCAUCCAUUUUUCUCCAGAGAAGAACAAAUUACUGACAGCACUAGAAAAUUAUGUAAGUACUGUUAAAUGCAAUCACUCAUCUUCAAAUGGCUACAAUUUUAUUGUGGCUUUUAUCCUCUUCAAAGAAUCCAAUAAGGCUGUAAAUAAUAUUUGAUGUUUCUAUUUUAUUCAUAAUUUCACUUAAUCAUAACAUGAGUCUAAAAACUUAUCUCUUGGUGAUGUUCUGCAAAGAGGAUUCUUCACCAUGGAGCUUUAGUGGAAGCAGGAACUAGGGGCUAACUUCAGGGAAAUCUUAGUUUAAUUGGCUAUCCCUGAAAAUGUGCUUCAGUGUCAAUUUUUAAAUGUAUAAUUUUAGCAUUUGCUAAAGGCAGGAGAAACAGUAACAUAUUACCAUGCCCAGACACUAAUAAAUAUAACUCAAUUGGAACCCAAACUGUUAGAUUAAACAAAUUGAACUCUGGCAGGAGACUAAAUCACCACAGCUGUUUGAGGUAUUUGAGUUCCAAGCAGGAUGGUAUAUCAUUCAUUUAGUUCAAUAUACAGGGUGCCUUUUGUAAUCUUCUAAGAAAUAAAUUAACUUUUAUCACAGAUUUAAAAAAACUGGCAAGAAAAACCAUGAUCAGCAGUUACGGAGCAAAGAGAGCAUCUUGAAGAAAGGCAGGCCUGUUAGCUGGAGGCGUCAGAAAUCAGGCACUACUGAAAGGAAAGAUUUGCUGAGUUGUGGAAUUGAUUGACAAUUUUCCUAUGAAUUCACAUUUAUUUAGCCCAGCUGCAAUCUACAGAAGCUGUGCUUCUCCCCUCCCCCAUAUUUAUGUUUCAUUGCCUUAUAAAAAAACAUCCUAAAAUUUAAAGCUUUUGUUUCUUGGGCAAUUUUAAGUUUAAUUUUCUAGCAAAACAGAUGCUACCUAUAGCAAAACUGUCUUUAAGGAUAAGAACAUAAAAUUAAUGUUUUGAAAAUAGUAUUGCAAGUCGAUUAGGUGUCAAGUUAAGGAUGGAAAUUUGGGCUUUUGACUUUCUGAGUUACAGUGCAUGUUAAUCACUCUUUGAAUUUUAUUUCUAAACCAAAGAAAGUCUAAAACAUUUACAAUGCAAACGGAACAAAUCCUAUCUGGCUAUUAGUAACCAGGAGGUGGGAAAAAACUGUAACAUAGUAUUUACAAAAAAGUGCAUCAUGCAGUCAGUUCUCCUAAGCCGGAAGCUUUAUAGAUAUUGACAAUUUUAAAUGACAAAGUGAAAACCAGGCUCAUAGUUAAGUACCCAGGGAGUGAGAAUCAGGGGAGAGAACACAAGUGAUGGCUUCUGAUAACCCGCAUCUUCUAGUAAGUAAGAAGUUGGGCCUCCACACUGGUGGGAUAAAUACACUCACAGCCUUCAGAGCAUCCGCAUUCCCCAAGGUCACCAAGGACACGGUUCAAGAGGCUGUCUUUAAUGAUGACUUGGUGCAGUUUCAUUAAUAGCAAGAGAUAGUGACUCAAGUAUUGGCAAGUUAGCUGAACUGCCUGAAUAAUUCUUAUGAUGUUCUUAAAUAUUAAAAAGUAUUUCAUGUCCACGAGCUUUCAGAUGUUAAAAGGCAAAAACUCCUCGUGUCCAUACCCACACACACCACUGCUGCCCUGCACGCCGUCCUCCUCUGUACACAUCUACUCCAUGAGGAUAUUUUAUUAUUUUAUUUAACCUAGCAUCCAAUUUUCAUGUUCUUUUGGUACUUAUCAGAAAUGUUGGCACUUGUUUUUUUUUUUUAUGUUAAGUAUGUAUUCUAGAAGAACCAAUAAUUUGUAUUCCUAGGAACAGAGGCAUGAAUAGGUUAGAUCACUUUAUACUGGCAUUUGAACAAAUAUCAUUUUGUUUUAUUGUUCUGUGUAAACCAUAUUCAUUGUAGACUGUGUAUAUUUUUCUUUAAAUA